GGUCGAAGUCGAGGCAUGGUGACAGGAAGCGAUUCGACCGGGUUCCAAGUGGGGUUGCGUGGCCCUGUCCACCCCAAGUGUCCAGGCAACGAUGUUGUCCCGCGUCACGCCUACCAAGACCCCUGCGGUACGAGUUGACUACAAGGAACUCAAACAAUUACACCAGAUGGAAGUCGACAAGCUCAAGGAGCUUCGUUUGCUAGAACUCAACGGAAGACGGAAAGCAGAACAAGAACUGGAACUUGCGAAGCGGAAGAUUCUGCAGAUGGAAGCGGACAAAGUGGGUCAUACUCCAAGAUCCAAUCUUAGGGAACGUUUGGACGAGGUUGUUAUAGGUUCGGGUAAAGGAAAGAAGAAGAGAACCGCUCAGACUCCUGUUCGUCUCAAUGAUCGGGAAACUUUUAUCAGGGAGACUCGCAAAGCACUUCCGCAAACGAAGGAUAACCUAAUGGCAAUAUGCACUGAAGAAGGCAUCAAGUAUGUUAAUAUACGACAAAGCAUCGAUGAGAUUGUGGCCAAACGGGUUUUGCAGGCGUUUCCUCCUGCUACAAUGGACUCAAUUGAUGUCUCGGACGACUUGGUUGGAGAUGGUUCAUCUAAGGAGGUCGGGGGAGAUUCUGCUGCUUCUUAGGAUCCCUCCCGGACGCGGCUCAACUAUGGGCAGUUUUGCGACGAUGUUGCCGUUUGCG